AUGGGAGGUUCGAGGGGAGAGAGGGACAGAUCGGUGAAAGAUUAUCAGUUCACGAAUAUGCUGGCGAAGAUUGUUGUGCUUUAUAUUUUUUUAAAUUUAAGUUCCGCUUGGGAGCGGUAUGAAAAACCGCUGGAAACAUUGCCAUUGAAUAAGGUGAGCCCACAGUCACAAAUUUAAACCGAAUUUACUGUAAUAAUCGUGUCGUAGCCCAUCUAAUAAUAAUUUCAAGAAUGGUGUCUACGAAAUCAACCUUACAGUCACCAAUAUGAUCUCAAUGACUCGAAUAGCCAGCGAUGGACAAAUCCAGGUCAUCGAUUAUGAUCCAUUGUCAGUAAGUUGUCAAUACGGUGUCGCUUUUGAGCAGUGCUUUCUUUAAUAUGCCUAAGCGGAAAAAACCGUAAAAAUGCUGCAGGAAGAAUGGAGUCAGCGAGACCCCGAUCGUUCAACCCCUUGUGAUGCUGGUUGGCCAAUCUUGAACAAAACCUCGGGUCUAAUGAAAGAGACGGUUGAGUUGCAUGGGCUGAUUCAGCAUACGGGAAAACAUGUCAGAGUCGUGACAUUGAACGGUGAGACGCCAGGGCCGGAUAUUCGAGUUCCUCUCGGCGGAGAAGUAAUUAUGAGAGUAAUCAACCGAUUGGAUUCCGAGGCCAUCACUCUUCAUGUUCACGGGAUGGAUAAGAAGAAUAUGUGGUACACAGAUGGAGUGGCAUUUGUGCAACAAUGCCCUGUGACGUCCGGAUCCAGUCAUAGCUAUCGGUAGCCAUUACACGUUUCUUUGAUGUGAAAUUGCUUUUGAAGUUUCGAAUACAAAUUCCUUACAGAUUCAUCGCAGAUACUCCAGGGACCAUGUGGUACCAUGGUCAUCUAAAUAACGACAGAGGGGACGGCUUAUUAGGAGGAUUUGUUGUUCAAACAGAGGACGAAAAAAUUAAAAGGAUUGAUGGGAGCUUUGUGGAAGCUGAACGGGAAUACAUGAUGAUAUUGCAGGUAACAUCGCUUUCUAAAGUCGACGCUGCUUCAAAUUUAACAUUGAUCGCUUCUUAAGGACUGGGCGGAACUCGUCUCCGGCGAGACCUGGGAAAUGCAUGUGCAUAUGACAAUGAAGUGGGUCGGUCAUGGAUUUGACGACGAGGCGCGACAGAAAUGCUGGGCUCCCAAAAGAACAUACGACGGAUCAAAUAUUGGAGGAUCGAUUCCUUUAGCGGCUAUUUUGGUAAACAACAAAGGAUGGUAUAAUCAAGAAGAUAUCAGAAACCGACCAGCUCGCUUGCCCUUGACUACAUACCAAAUUAAGAGAGGAGAACACCAAAGAUAUAGGGUAGUCAACGGAGGAGUUAGUCAAGGAUUGAUGGUCUGGUGCGAAGGGCAUCAAAUCACAGUGAUCUCAGCCGAUGGUGUUGAUGUGGAUCCAGUUGUGGUGAGAAUAUUUGAUACACAAAAUUUGUGGCAUCCUUUCAUAAAAAAAACUUUUGAACCUUGGCUAGUAAUCAACUCGUUUUAGGUUGACGCCCUUAUGGUAUUUCCCGGGGAACGCUAUGACAUCCAUAUUCAAGGGCUCGCAAAUCCCGACCGAAAGAAAUAUCGUUUUAUUAUUGACACUAUUGAAUAUUUUAAUUGGGAUUGGACUGUUGGCGAUAUUCAAGUUGGCCUGGCCAACCUUGAAUACGAAGAUGCUGAUUUGCCGGAUUCCAAUACAGUAGACUUUAGCCACUCUCAUUGCAGUGCGACUAAACGAUGUGUGAUUUUGAAUUGCCCUUUUUUGGAUUUCAAAAAAUCUUUGAAUUUCACUUGUCUUGGUGCUCACAAAUUGCAAAAUGCAGAGCAAAUCGAAGGCGACGAGGAUAUGUUGGAAAGGAAGAUGUUUCGAGACGGAUUCAAGGUAGUUUGAUUCCGAUUACUGAGCAGUAACCACUUACAUGCAGGAAGUUUUUGCCAAUAUGCACUUUGACAACCACAUCGACGGGUAUAUGUAUCAGUCUCCGAAAGGAAUUCCGUACUACCACUACGGCCAUAUGAGCUCAGUUGCGCUGGCUUGUGAUCCGUUCAAGUGUGACCGUUACCAUUCUUUCAAAUGGAAUCAUGACUGCGACUGUUUCUUCCAUUACGAGUUCAAUUUGGGGGAUAUUGUGCAGGUAAGUGAAAAAAUACGAUAG